AUGUCGGGGGCGGCGGCAGGUGGGCGGGGGCGCUCAUGGCAGCAACUGGAAGCGCUGGCAGCGAGAGCGUCUCGUCGUCUCCUCAUGUGCCAUCAGCUGCCAGAGCAUGGAACCCCCGCAGAUCCGAUCGAUCAUCUCGAGUUCGUUCUUGACUACCUCGAUGCCGAAGACCCCAAUGGCCAUGCACUCAUUCGAAGGACAGCCAAGGGGCUGGCCAUGCUCGAGUCAAAGCUGCGACAUGCCGCAAGGAACGAAGAGGAAGAGGUGCAGCUAGCUCUGGGCAUGGCGAGUCUUGAGCAAGGGCUAGAUGUGCUGGCAUCCGACAUGUCUCAAUGUUUGCUCAAGGUGAAAGAGGGGAACGUUUGUGAGUACGCAGCUCUCGUCAACGAUGAUCGGGAGGAGCUUGACUCGCUCGCAGCUUCGCUGAGAGUAGCGGAGGAGAAGAACCAAGAGCUUGCGAGGCAAGUCGAGUUCUUGGAGACGAAGCUGUCCUUCUUCGCUGAUGUUGAGACUCGGAUCUCGUCGUCAGAGCAGGUUAUUGAAGAGACUUUGGGCCAAGUCAGCCGCACAACCAGGUCCUGUGCUCGAGACAAGAAGCAGAUUCUCGUCAUGUUCGAGCAGCUAGACUCUCUCAGGGAUCGCCUGGAGUCCUUCGGCGAUGUGCUGAGAGAGACCAGGAGAGACUCUCAUGGCAUGGAGGCUGAAGGAGCGCAAGCAGGUCAGCGAGCGACUAGUCAUCCUCCGGCGUCGGUCCCUCCGGCUGUCGUCCCUUGGGCCAUCUCCUUGUCCAUCGUCGGAGUUCGCAACCGACCCUGCAAGCUUGUGAAGCCAGGAGAAGUUUGUUGUGCCGUCAGCGUCCUGUCCUCUCACACCAUCCGCCAUUCCCGUGACGUCUCGCUAAGACAUACGCUGCCCUCCAGAGGUCGAUCUUCUCCUCACGGGGUCUCUCUCGAGUCUGAGCAAGUCAUCUACGACGUUCGCCCUCAGCUGACUACCAAGAAGGUUCGGUCAUCUCUCGAUCACGUUGAAUUCAACGAGACCCUGACCGUCACCGACGUUUGCAAUGAGCCGUUUGAGAAACCCUUCCCGCUUGACGGUAGAGAGGUCACUCUCCUCCUCUCCGUCAUCAACAGCGAGUUCGGCUGCGUAGGUCAAGUGCUCAUCAGUCUCGCUCCUGGGGCUCAGCUCGACCAGACUUGGCACGUCGUGCGCGACUUGGACGGGACGGUAGUUACGGGAGGCAAUGGAAAGAGCACCAGCCUGUGCUUCUCUGCUCGAUACUCCUCCUCUCCCUCGUCGGAAAUGGACGCAAACCCGAAGCGUGAAGACAUUUCAAGUGAGGAAGAUACGUCAGUCCAACUGCUGGGUGGGGAGGGAGAGAAGAGGAGAGGAGGAGGAGAGGUAGCACCGAGGGGCCAGCCCAUGGACGAAGAGGAUAUAGCGAGGAAGAUACAAGAGUUUGAAGACAGGCUCUCCUUCUGUCUCAACUUCAUCGAACAUCAACGGGUGGAAGACAACAGAUUCGUCGAGAAUUUCGAUGUGCUGCUAUCGGAGAUGAAAGAGAAAGUUCUAGAAUCGACGACGACUCUUGAUUCUCAGAUGACGAGCAGCAAGUUGAUCAUUCGAGGUCUGAAGCAUGAGAUGAGAAAAGAAGUCGCCGACCUGAAACGAGCUGAAGCUCUUUUAAGUGACCAGCUCCAACAUGUCACCAGCAGCUACGAGAGCAUGGUGCAGCAGUGGAAGGAAGAGCUCACCCUGCAUGAGCUCGCCCUCCAACGAGAGUUCGAGCUGGACGAGUUGGUCAAGGCCAACGAGAAGCUAACGAGCGACGUCGAGGAGUUUUCCCAGCUGUACCGCCAGCUCAAAGUUGACAAGGAGAAACUCGAGGAGGAGCUCGCAGCCGUCACCAGCCGCUCGUCCUCGACCGAGGCAAAGCUGCAGGAGCUGAUGGCUGAGAAAGAGACGUGGGAGAAGUCGCAGCAUCAGGCCAGAAAGACCCUCAAGGAAGAAAUUGAGUCUCACGAUAUGGAAGGGAUGCGCAUCAAGCUCCAGAGCUCACUCGCAGAGAUUGUCUCGGGCUCCAUCAACCCGCAGGUCCCUGAGACCCUGGAGGCCUUGAGUUCGGAGGCGCAGGAGGGGCCGAGAGUGCCCCAGCAGAGGAGGAGCAAUAGACUCAUCCGGCAGCCUGUUGAAGACUUCCCCCCCCCGCAGCCCUGGAGCCCUCGAGCUUUCCUUCCCUUCAAUGACUCCGCACCACACAGCGAGGAUGGGCACGACAAGGACCCGAGGUAUCCUUUCCUCGCAGCGCUUCUCCUCACUGACCUGUUCCCCAGAGAUCAACAGCCUCUCGCCAUGGACGUGGAGGAGAGCAAGUGGGAGGGCAACGCUGUCUUGAUCAGAGCGCUUCGAGCCCGCAUCUCCGCCCUUCAGAAGGCCUUGACCGCCGCCAAGGAGAACCUGACAAGCACGGAGAAGAGAUGUUUCCAGCUGGAAGACACAAGCCGCAGCCUCGCACACGAGCUGCUGGCAGAGAAGGAGAAGCACAGAUGCCACGUUGCUGUCCUCCAAGACCGUCUCGAUCACAGUAACCGACUGGCUUCCAACCUCCGAGCGCAGAUUUCUCCAGAGACGUGGUUCAGAGACUAUCCUGGCGACAAGAUGCCCGAGCAAGGGAGACCGCCGGAGCCGGCCGACAGCAGCAGCAGCAGGAGCAUCAACCCGGAUCCGCUGCCAAGAGAGGAAGAGAAGUCGGCGAUCCUCAGGAUCAGCAAGCAGAAAGAAAGUUUCGUCGCCGGCUCCAUCCGCGAUGCGGAGAACUACUGGCUGCAGGCGAUCGGCUGGGCGAAGUGA